AUUAUUUAACGGCCCGUUUUAAGCAAACACAAAGUGAGACAGUCUGUGUACAAUAACCGCCCUCAUCAUUUCUUGUUUAGAUGUCGGAGAUGGAUGAUAAGAUCAGUUCAGAGACAUUGUCAAAGCUUCGAGAGCUUGAGAUAGAUCUGAAAGACAUUAUUCUCGAUAAUGACAACGAUGGCGAGAAAUGCGAGGUUGAGCACGGCUCGAACGGUUCGUUCCCUCUUCAAGACCUAGGCUUUUUAGGACCAGGUCCUCAAAUUGAACCAGGUCCCCCUGCAAAGCAGGAGGACAUCUCUGUGUCUAAUUCUCAAUCGAGCACCAAGGCUUUAGACUCGGUCCCUUCGCACAAUGGUACGGGUUCUCCUGCCCCGGUGGAGGCGGAGCCUUCGUUUACGUUUGCUGUGAGUAGCGGCCCUGGGAAAAAUUGGUCUAGAAAAAGCAUUGCUAGUGUUCCUGUAUCUGUUUCUACGCCCGGCACUGUCGUUAGAGGCCCAAGCUGUGCAAAUUGCGGCGAAUUGAUUGAGGGUCCGUUCGUUACGGCGGUUGGAAAAAGCUAUCAUCCAGCUCACUUUGUUUGCGUUUGCUGCUCUCAGCCAUUUCCCGGAGGUAAGUUCUUGGUUAGAGAUGACGAGCCUUACUGCGAGAAUGACUACUACGAACUAUUUAGCGAGCGAUGCAGGACCUGUGACCAGGUCAUUCGUGGUCGAUAUAUUCAAGAAGGAAAUUUCUAUUACCAUACUGAACAUUUUCUAUGUUCAGCGUGUGGAGCCAAACUCGCAGGUGCGAAGUAUGUUGCGGAAGAUGACGAUAUUCUGUGCGUCUCUUGCAACAAAAAGAAGAAAAUGAUGGUUCAGCGAGAGAUCUGUGCCAAAUGCUCCCAGCCCAUAAUCGGUAGCGCUAAGAUGGUCGAUGGAAAAUAUGUGCAUUACGACCAUUUCACCUGCGCAGAGUGCGACAUGCCCUUAUCUGAGAAUUGCUUCAAUGAAUGUGAGGAUUGCUACUAUUGCAAUGAACACUAUAGGGAACUCAUGAAAAAAUUAUGUUACCACUGCAACCGUCCUAUCAAAGGGCGUAUUAUUCAUGCUAUCAUGCAUUUAUGGCAUCCGGAGCACUUCUGCUGUACUGUCUGUGGUGACAAUUUAAGCUCUGCGACUUUUUUUGAGCAUGAGGGAAAAGCUUAUUGUAAGACACAUUUUCUAGCUAUCAGCAAGUACAUCUGCGAAUACUGCAAAGUGCCUGUUAUCACACAAGGCGUUGUAUUCUUGGAUAAGCAUUAUCACAUCGAACACUUCUUGUGCACGUCUUGUUCGACGCCGCUAAAUUCGAAAAAUCUGAGAGAGUGGGACUCGAAGCCAUACUGCGUCAAGUGCUAUAAAAAGCUACCAAGUGAGCUAAGGAAGAAGUACAAGAAAAACAAAGUCACUAUGAACAAAAUUAAGAAAAAGAAUGAAAUGAAGGCGGCAAAGAAAGAAAAAGAGAAGCAAGCUCAAAACCUUGAGAACUGAAGAG